AUGGGGCAGCACCCCUCCCCCAGCGCUGUCACUGCCGGAGUCCCAGCUGCUGCGGAGGGGGAAAUCCAGCCAGGACUGAGGCUGGAGCAGGUUGGGGGCCUGCAGCUGGUAAGCAAAGGGUUAGUGCAGCUGCAUGUUCCGGGGGGCUGGGAGCGCUGCGUGCUGGCCACGGCUCCGGGCUGCGCCCAUGACAGGGGGUCUUCCGAGGUCCUUGUGGGCAGGGGGCCCCAGGCAGAAGGAUGGGAGCAGAGGGAAGACGAAGGCCCCGGGCUAACCUGUCCUCUCCUCACCUCAGCAUUUCCCAGCCAGCUCCUGGUGCACCUGACGCUGCUGCUGUGCCCUGCCUUGGGCGACCACGUGUACUCUGCCCGCGUGGGCACGGUGCUGGGGGAGCCCUUCCUGCUGCCUGCGGGGGGCGCUCUGCCUCGCACCCAGGUAUGCCCGAGCCCUGUACAAAGCCAGGCAGACCUCUCGCCCUGCUCAGCCCCGAGGGCGCCAACACGGGGUGCCACGCUGCCCGAGACCUUGGGGACCCGCCCUGUGUCCAGAGCAGAGGGAGCGGAGGGCCGGCCUCCACCCCACU